CGGCGCCUUGUGGCCAACGGGCGGGGCGGUGCUGGGGGACCGCGCGGGGCGCCGUACCGGAAGCGGCGGUCGCUAGGGCCCGCCGUCGCUAAGGGCCCGAGCCGGGAAACGGCUGCGGCUGGGCCUGGUGCGGGCCGGGCCGGGCCGGGCCUGGCCAUGGCCGCGGCGGGGCUGAGCGAGCGGGAGCAGGCCGGGUGCCGCCAGCUGCUCGAGCUGCUGGGCACCGAGGAGCUGAUGGCGCUGACGGACACCAUCACCAACCGCCUGGUCCACCCGGAGAACCGCCAAGAAGCCAUUAGUGCCAUUUUGGUUUACAGCCAAAACGUAGAAGAACUUUUGAAACGAAGAAAAGUCUAUCGAGAAACAAUUUUUAAAUAUUUGGCAGUACAAGGAAUCGCAGUGCCUCCUUCCUCUGAGAAACAUCAACUCAUUGCUUAUGUAAAGCAGUACUGGGACGGGAAGCUCCUGACAAAUGACUCGGAGUCAGGGGAGAGAAAAACACACGCAGAGAGUCAUGAAAAGAGAUCCAAGUCGGCACAAGAUGAUGUUCAUUAUCUAGGAGAAGAAUUCUGCCAAUGGUUCUUUGGACUCCUGAAUUCUCAACAUCCUUUGGGAGUUAAAUCUGAAGAAAAAUGGGGACCACAGCAUUUCUGGGAGGAUGCCAAACUGAAGUUCUGUUACAACACAUUAGAAAAAAACAUGGAAGAAUACGUUGGUGCAGAAAUGGUGAGCCUUCGUCUGCUCUCAUUGGUGAAAGAAGAAUAUCUUCUGUUCAACCCCAAUCUGAAUGCUGAUGGACUGAAAUGUGUCAUGUCUCGGCAUGGCUUAGUACUGGUAGCAGUGGCUGGCACGGUACAUAGAGGCAACAUCUGUUUGGGCAUCUUUGAACAAAUUUUUGGACUCAUUAGCUGUCCGAUCAGAGGGAAUACCUGGAAAAUAAAAAUUGUGAGUCUUAAAAUCAUUGGACAGAAUGCUCUGGAGCCUGGAGUGCAAAUUGAAAAACCCUCCAUAAAAUACGAGUCAAACCAGCUGCAGGAGCUGUUUGAUGGGAAAGAACUGGCUGUGCUUGAACCUCAUAAAUUCUGAGCAGUUCUUCCACAACUGAGGGACUGGUUGGAGGGGGCGGGAAAGCAUACAGCACUUGUUGUGCGUGGUUGAAUAUUGAAAUGAUUGCAGCCAUGCGAUGUUGUCUCUUUCUUGAGUCACAUUUGCCAGAUGACAAGCAGAGAUGAAGUAUUUUUGCAGGUGAUGCUUUUGGGCACCUUUCCAACAGCCAACAAACUUUUCAAAAUAUUACUUGAGAUUACUUUAGAUUACUACUCACUAAAGUUAGGAAUGAAAUUACUUUGGUUAUUCUUGCUUACAGAACAUGGGUUGCAUUUGAAUAUGGGAAGGCUGCAGUGUGCAUUUUUGGCGGGAACAGGCAAAAUAAUGUGAACGAACAUUGCUGCCUUUUAUGUUCUGAACAUGGUUUCUUCACUAACCAGUAGUAGUAAUUUAAUGGGACGAUGCAGGGAAGUUAGCAUUGUUUAAUUCUGUUCUGUUAGGUUAAAAGCUUUCCUUUCUCUUACAAUUCCAACUCGGAGAUGGUUUUCCAGGAAUUUGUUUCUAGCACUGACUCUCUUGGAUCAAAUAGUUUAUUCUGGGACUUAAAACAACACUGUCUGAACCAAAUGCUGUGAUAAUUAUUUUGUAUAUACAUACAACAGAGAUUCUAAUAUAAUAAUUGUGAUUUUUGUAUAUUUUCUCAAAAGAGGAGCUUUGUCUACUCCUGGAUGCUUUAUUACUUUGACUAGAAGUCAAUUUGUUAACGGUGGGGAUUUACAACAGGAGGUGAUAUAAAAUAAACAAAUAAUCCAAAUACCACUUCCUAGCGUUAAUAAUUAGCAUUGUAGAACUUGACUGCUUUUUACAGCUCUUUUUUAUUAUGAUUAUUAUUAUAAGUUAUUAAUGGUGAAACCAGAUAAAAAAUCCUUCUCUAACA